AGACACCCGUGAUUUUGCACCCCCGCUCGAGCAGAAUUUACCAGACUAUACGACGAGGGUGCACCACGGCUCUCCGUCUCUCUCUUUCUCUUUUCUCUCUCUCUUUCUUUCUCUUUUUCUUUUUUUCCUCUGUUUCUUUCUGUUUGUCUUUUCUUCUCGCUCGAUUCUUCCCUCUCACCGCUCUGCCAUUCAAACAUUUUCUCUCUUUACCGCGAACUGUCUCCUUUUCGGCUUUUCUUCCCGUCACCGUCGUCGAACCUCUCGCACGGCCGUGCCAUUCGCGCCGCGACGACCGCCGCAUCUCCGUCGAGUAGAGGUGACGGGACAACAUCAUCGGUGAGUGAGUGGUGCUGACGGGGGAUACGAGUCGCGACCACUUUGGUCCCGCCGCCGAUCUCGAUGCCGCGUGGUGGUGGGUGCUGGUGAUGACCCGAUAGUGACCCGCCGAUACGAGGCGGCCACGUUGUUUGCGGGAACGCGGACGUGUGCGGGUGGAUGCGCCUUUCCCCGCCGCGUGUACAUAUUUUAACGAGGCAACCGGCCGCGCGCAGUCCGUCUCUUCAGGAUCCUCCGGCGCUUACGUUCACGUGAUUCCGCUGGAACGCGAGCUAUAAACGUUGAGAGGGUCAGGGUGAUCGACCGGGAGGACGGCGACGCUCACCGUGACACAUCGCGGUGUUUCCGGCCGUCUCUAUAAGUUUCGUUCUCAAGAGGAACGGCAGUCUCCGUCGAUCGAUGAAGGAUAAAGAGCGUAAACACGUCUCCACGUCUCUGGACUAUCGAUCGAGCUAUCGAUCGUGGAUCGCGAUCCGUCGCCGGCGCGACACGCCGUUCACUGCACGCGCGAUCGACAGUUACACGCAGCCCAAUUAAUCGCGAUUAAUGACCGACGACGACGAGCCGCGGGAAAUCACGUGGCAUCGAGACUCUCACUCGGCAUCGCGCGCAUACAUUUGUAAUGAAAUUUACUCUGACUGUCAGCGAAGCGGGAUUCCAGCGCUGUUGGCGUAGGCGGUCGGUCGAUGCUUACUACAGCGGGUAGUAUCAUGACACUCGGCAGUCGCCGACAUUCGGAAUGAGCUGUGUGCGGAAUACGGUAACUCCUUGACCUCUUAAAGUCGCGACGUAUGCAAUACGCGAAGUGUGCUCGCGCGAACAUGUGUAAACCGUACUGCUCAACGAUACGGCACGGCCGUGUCUCGCAUCCAGCGAGAGUCACGGCAGCUGUGUAGCUCGGAAGGGAAUUGGCGAUCGAACUUUCGGAGAUCUCUCUCGGAAGAAGUUUGCCGAGCUCGACUUGGAAGGCACGUCGAGUCAAUUUAUACGCACUUUACCUUUGCGAAGUCGCGGUAACCGAAAACACCAUCGCAAUCUCGUCAAACGCAGCCGCACGCGACUUUCCACGAGAGCGAGAUCAAAAACUUGAAACUUUUGCGGAAGCUUGAGAACAACCAAGAAGAAUCUCUGCCACCAUCCGUAAUAUGUAAACGCACUUUUCAGCGUCGAUUAAUCGUCGAUAGUAAAUUAGCAAACUGUCGCAUAGUGCAAUUUUCUAGCGUAAUUCAUCAGACGUUAUUAGCCGAGAUUCCAGCGAGGCCGCUGCCUUUUGCAUUUCGCAAUCUCUUGAACUUUUAUCAAGAUACAAUUCUUAAUUUAGCAGAACGUUUCCGAACGCAGAUUUCAAACAACAAACAUUAAUUGACAGAAAUACGAUUGAGAGAUGUUAUUCUUGUGCGAGCUUUUGCUGACAUUUGUAGCCGAAGUCAAUUCGCCGUUUCAAAAUACCACAGAUGCAAUCAUAAUGAUCGAAAUGUCGUACAAAUCCGGCAGAAACUGGCAGCUCGAUAUCGCGCUGUAAUCCCUGGCGACACUUGGCGUUUUACAAUUCUGCCAGCUAUCAAAACCAAUAACAGCGUGGCCGGAUAUCGAUCAGCGGCAAGUAAAUUUCGAAUUAGCGAUCUAGCAUGAGACCGACGAUAGAAGAAAUCCAGGAUCGAAAGGGAUGAUCGAGCAAAGAUCCCAAUGACAUCUCGGCGGGGUGGGAGCGAGGGGUAUAAGAGUCCUCCCAGCCCUCCGAGCAGCGGUUCGGAGGACAAUGGCUUCACGAACCGACCGCGAGUGGCCGGGCUCUACGUGAAGAAUCUAAGCAGAGAAGAGCUGGAUGAGUUGUCGAAGGAGGGGAUCUACGGGCCCACGGGCGAUCCGAACGACCGACCCAGGGAUGGUGGCAGUCAGAGGAGUCUCAAUCUACCGGGCAGCAGCCGGGAUUUGGACGAUCAUCUCCGAGGCGCGACCUCCAGAACACCCCAGCCGCCUCGAAGAUCCGGCAUUGGAAGUCGCUACCGAGAAUCCGGACUGUCGGACAACUUAACGCGGCGGGAUCAUCAUGGCUCGCUACCGACAGAGAGAGGCUGGCCGAGACGGCCGGAGGACCGUCCGGGACAGGCCUCGCCAGAGAGAUCCGUCCGAGGAUCCUCCGAGUUUCCGGUCGGCUGGAGAGAGUCGUUUGCUCGGCCCGGAGCUGCCGCGUCGCCCAGAGGAAGUUCUGUUGACGUACGAAUCGUUAGCGAUGACGCGAGAAUGGUGGCUGGACCGCGUCGUCUCGAGGGCCUGCCGAGACGUCCCAAAGGACCCGCACCUAGCGUGCCCCCCUCAAUGGCGCCUGGGGAUCAAGGGACAUCGGGAGGUCCUAGCGGACAAUCGCCGCCGCCGUACGCAAGUCUGAGUCCGCCCGAGUACAGCGAGCGCGAGGAGGCGCCGCAAAUUUGCCCUAAGACCACGACGAGAGCCUAUCAAGUCGGCGACAGAGAACGUGCAAGUUCGCCGUACGAACGUCCGAGUUCGCCGUUGCCGUUGAAGGGGGACAAGAGAGAGUCCGCCAAGCUGGCGGACUCGCGCGUUGAGAAAGCGCCGGAGGUCCCGUCGAGUCCGUCGCGCACGCCAUUGACGGAGAAUCCGACGUCGCCGGAGUCGAAGAAGAGCGAGUCCCCGCCGAUGAAGAGAGUCGGCUCCAGGAUGCAGGACAGCACGAGACUGCGGCCGCCUCUGGCCGGUACCGCCGGCACCUCCGCCGAUUCCGGCACCGGUGACUCCGGGAGCGCGGAGAUCCAGGCGGACGUAGUGACGCCGCAGACCGCGACGUCCGGCGACGUCCUGGACGUCAACGUGUCCAGAAGCGAGGGCAGAUCGCCGGGCGGGAGGUCGCCCGCCGGUAAAAGCGGCAAGCAGACGGUGAAACCGUUCACGAGGGAGAGCCUUGACAGGCUGGAGAACAAGACUGUGCAAUUGGUGCGCGAGUACGGUUUUCAACCGAAGAGGAAGAUGUCGGUGGAGGAUGGCGCGGUACUGCCACACAAAUUCGAACCGUUCCCGAGCGAUCUCUAUGGCAGGCCGCUGGAAGAGAUCGACAACUUCAUCUACGACGAGACGUUCUGCGUGGUAUCGAAAAGGUUUCGCAAGAACUACAUCCACAGGUUUACGGCGACCAACAGCUGGUUCAUAUUCUCCCCGUGGAAUCCUAUACGGCGGUGCUGUAUCUUCCUGAGUACGAAUCAGUACUUCGAUUACGUGGUCAUGGCUACUAUACUUCUUAAUUGCGUCUUCCUGGCCAUGACCGAAACCGUCGAGGAAGCCGAAUAUAUCUUCCUAGCCAUAUACACGGCGGAAAUGGUGAUAAAAUCAAUAGCGAAGGGAUUUAUACUGAACAAGUACACUUAUCUACGAAAUCCCUGGAAUUGGUUGGACUUCGUGGUGAUUACCAGCGGAUAUGCCACCAUCGGGAUGGAAGUCGGCAAUCUGGCCGGUCUCAGGACGUUCAGGGUGUUGAGAGCACUUAAGACUGUAUCCAUUAUGCCAGGUCUAAAGACUAUCAUUAACGCACUGUUGCACAGCUUCAAGCAACUCGCCGAAGUAAUGACGCUGACGAUUUUCUGCCUGAUGGUUUUUGCACUGUUCGCUUUGCAGGUUUAUAUGGGUGAACUUAGAAAUAAGUGUGUGAAGCAACAAGAACCGAACGUCACGCAAAUCGAUUGGAUCGAGUGGACUUGGAACUCAUCCAAUUGGGCGUUCAACGAGGACGAAGAGCCGAUCAUCUGCGGCAAUGUAACCGGUGCCAGGCACUGCAACGAGAGCUACACUUGUCUCUGCGUUGGACCCAAUCCAAACCACGGUUACACCAACUUCGAUAAUUUCCUGUGGUCAAUGCUCACCACCUUUCAACUGAUUACCUUGGAUUACUGGGAGGACGUCUAUAACAAGGUGUUGUCGGCAUGCGGACCCAUUAGUGUCACGUUCUUCACAGUAGUCGUAUUCUUCGGUUCAUUUUAUCUACUAAACUUGAUGCUGGCCGUCGUAGCGCUAAGUUAUGAAGAAGAAGCCGAGAUUACGAAUGAGGAACGAAGAAAAGAUCUAACGGAUCAUCGUGAGGACUCGACAUUCAGCUUCGAUCCGUCAAAGAUCAACAUUAAGACAUUAACGAAGAACAAGCAGAAAAGGAUAGAUGCUCGUAAAGGGGUGCUGCUAAGCAGUUAUACGAGAAAGAAGACGCGUAGAAGAAAACGCGGUAGAAGCAGCGCCGGUCAAGAGAAAAAUGGUGGUGCACGCAGCAGAUCUAUUACACCCAGUCCGAGCCCGAGUCCCAGACACUCGAACGUACGACCCUCCCACCUGCCGCUGCAGAAUGUCAGUCCUCGACCGCCUGAGCCCAACACGAUUCAUCGGCUGGCACCGAACCGCGGCAUGUUGCACUCCCGACAGGCCAGCAACAACAGCAAUCAGCAGUCGUCGCUGGACGACUCCGGGGUGGUGGACGAUCACGACGGCGACGAUGUUACGUCCGCCGAAGAGCACGACAAGCGCGAGUCGCGAGAGCACCGGGUCGAGCGGUCCCAGGAAAGGUCACCGCGGGAUCACGGCCGGGCUCAGGAUACAGGAGCCCUACAAUCCCGUCUCGGCCCGCCGGCGCCGGUCACCGUGUCGGUGAAGACUGGCAACCGUGAGAUCCGCGUGCUCAAGUGCAACGGGGUCAAAACCAAGAAACAUAUGUAUGCGCUGCCGUCAGAGUACCUGUCGCACAUUGUAGUUUUAGAUGAUCUUCCAGAUAGAAACUGCGAUAAGUGUAUUCAAUGCUGCGUAGAUUACGAAGGAUGGCUACGAUUUCAGAACCACCUAUAUAAGGUGGUGAGAGAUCCUCUCUUUGAGCUACUGAUCACUCUCUGCAUCGUUCUGAACACCGGCUUCCUGGCAAUGGAGCAUCAUGGUAUGAGCGAGUCGGUACGACAGACGCUCAACAUCGGCAACAAGGUGUUCACCAGCAUCUUCACGUUCGAAUGCUUCCUAAAGCUUCUAGCGCUUAGCAAAGACUUCUUCAACAACGGCUGGAACAAUUUUGACCUGAUCAUCGUCUCCGCGUCGCUCAUCGAUCUCACGUUCGAGCUGGUGGACGGACUGUCGGUAAUACGCGGUCUCCGGUUGCUACGCGUGCUGAAGCUCGCGCAAUCCUGGACGACGAUGAAGGUCCUGCUCAGUAUCAUCAUCUCGACGAUCGGCGCCCUCGGUAAUCUGACCUUCGUGCUGGUGAUCGUAAUCUACAUAUUUGCGGUCAUCGGUAUGCAGCUGUUCAGCAAGGACUACACCUUCGACAAGUUUUAUCCGGAUCCGGUGCCGCGCUGGAACUUCAACGACUUUUUCCACUCGUUCAUGAUGAUAUUCCGCAUCCUGUGCGGCGAGUGGAUCGAGCCGCUGUGGGACUGCAUGCGCGCCGAGAGAGACGACGGGCCGGGCACAUGCUUCGCGAUCUUUCUCCCGGCCCUCGUGAUGGGCAACUUUAUGGUCCUCAACCUUUUCUUGGCGUUGUUGCUCAACAGCUUCAAUUCCGAGGAAUUAAAACAAAAAAAGGAGGAGGUCGGCGAGGAAUCGAAGCUCGCGCGCUCCUUCGAUCGCAUACGGUCGAUCGUGCGCAAGCAGAAACACCGUAAGGAGAACUCCGAGAAUGAGAGAAACAUACGGCUGGAGCAGAUCGUGCGCGAGGUGAUGGACAAGUCUGACCGGGAGAAGUACGCAAUCCAGGAGACCGUGCUGAGCCUUCCCAAAGACAAUAUUUACAAUAGAUCGUAUCAGGAGAGCCUCAAUCAGCCGGUUUUCACGUACGAUCCGAUCUACCGUCAGGCGACCCUCACCACUUACAGUCAGAGCAGCCAGGAGACGGUGAAGGAGAACAAGAAGCUGACCGAGAAGGGCAACAGUAACGAGACCAAUCCGGAGGAGGGCAUUGAGCUGGAAGUGCUCAAGGACGUUAGCAAGAUGGACGAGGAGGUGGCUAUGCUGCAGGAAGAAAAUCCGCUUCCCGCACGCAACGACGAGGUUAUGGAGAAACGUCCUUGGCACGCCCUCGUAAGCUACGUGGACGAGCUCACGGUCGGUGGCAGAAGAGACAGCAAGGGCCGCUACAUCGACGGCAUGGGCUCGUUUCCGGGAUUCGGUAGGAACAAGCAACGCAAGGAGCCACUCGAUUGCUUCCCCCAGCACUGCUAUCAGAAAUGUAGCUGUAUCAAUCGCUGCCUUGCCACGGACAUCGGCAAGAAGUGGAUAAGAAUCCGCACGGUCGUCCUGUCGGUGGUCGACACACCCGCCUUCGAAUGGAUGAUCCUAGUCUUAAUUUUCGCAUCUUCCAUAACGCUGUGCUUCGAGGACAUCUACUUAGACGACAAUCCUUUUUUGAAAAAAAUUCUCUACUGGACCAAUCUAGGCUUCUGCACGCUCUUCAGCGUCGAGAUGCUUCUCAAGUGGCUAGCCUUAGGCUUCUGUAAAUACUUCACCAGUUUCUGGACAAUCCUGGAUUUUAUAAUCGUUUUCGUAUCCAUGUUUAGCCUUUUGAUAGAAGAAAAUGAGAAUCUCAAAGUAUUGCGAUCACUGCGGACACUACGCGCCUUGAGGCCGCUGAGGGCAAUCUCGAGAUGGCAAGGCAUGAGGAUCGUAGUGAACGCGUUGAUGUAUGCAAUACCUAGUAUAUUCAACGUGCUCCUCGUCUGUCUCGUGUUCUGGCUUAUUUUUUCGAUAAUGGGCGUCCAGUUCUUCGGCGGCAAGUUCUUCAAAUGCAUCGAUGAGUAUGGGGAAAUGUUAGAUACUUCGAUAGUGAACACAAAGGAGGAAUGCUUCAGCAAGAACUACUCCUGGGAGAACAGUAAGAUCACUUUCGACCACGUAGGCAUCGCUUACCUGGCUUUGUUUCAAGUGGCGACCUUCGAGGGAUGGAUGGAAGUGAUGGAGGAUGCGGUGGACGCGCGGGGAGUGGAUCUGCAGCCACAGAGAGAGGCGAAUCUGUACGCCUACCUCUACUUCGUCAUAUUCAUUGUCUGUGGUUCAUUCUUCACGCUCAAUCUCUUCAUUGGAGUGAUCAUAGACAAUUUCAACAUGUUGAAGAAAAAGUAUGAAGGUGGGGUGUUAGAAAUGUUUUUGACCGAAAGUCAAAAACACUACUACACUGCCAUGAAAAAGCUUGGCCGUAAAAAGCCGCAAAAAGUUAUAAAACGUCCGAUGAACCAAUUCCUCGCAAUGUUCUACGACCUGUCCAAUUCACGCAGAUUCGAAAUAGCUAUCUUCGUCUUGAUAUUCCUCAACAUGCUGACAAUGGGAAUCGAGCACUACAAUCAACCUCAUCCCAUCUUCUUCGUCCUCGAGGUGUCAAACGCGUUCUUUACGACCGUCUUCGGUCUGGAGGCGAUCGUAAAAAUAGUAGGUCUGCGCUAUCAUUACUUUACGGUGCCGUGGAACCUGUUCGAUUUUCUGCUGGUAUUGGCAUCGAUACUCGGUAUUCUGAUGGAGGACAUCAUGAUAGACUUCCCUGUGUCCCCGACGCUCUUGCGAGUCGUGAGGGUGUUCAGAAUUGGCAGAAUCUUGAGGCUCAUCAAGGCCGCGAAAGGUAUCCGCAAGCUGCUCUUCGCCCUCGUCGUCAGUCUUCCAGCGCUCUUCAACAUCGGAGCCUUGCUGGCUCUGAUCACAUUUAUAUACGCCAUCAUCGGCAUGUCCGUUUUCGGACAUGUCAGAAAACAAGGCGCAUUGGACGAUAUGGUGAACUUCGAAACUUUCGGUAGAAGUAUGCAGCUGCUGUUCCGUUUGAUGACCUCGGCUGGAUGGAACGAUGUGUUGGAGUCGCUGAUGGUGCAACCACCGGAAUGCGAUCCUACUCCGAACAGCCGACAGAUGAACGGAGAUUGCGGAUAUCCUUUGCUUGCAAUCACGUACUUCACAUCAUUUAUUAUUAUUAGUUACAUGAUAGUCAUUAACAUGUACAUUGCUAUUAUCUUGGAGAACUUCAAUCAAGCUCAUCAGGAGGAAGAGAUCGGUAUUGUCGAGGAUGACUUAGAGAUGUUCUACAUUCGAUGGUCGAAGUACGAUCCGCAUGCAACACAAUUUAUCAGCUUUUCGCAGCUGAGCGACUUUAUAGCGAGCCUGGACCCGCCGCUGGGGAUAUCAAAGCCUAACUUGGUGGCGUUGGUUAGCUUUAAUCUUCCCAUCGCAAAGGGUAACAAGAUUCAUUGUCUGGACAUCCUGCACUCACUCGUCAAGCACGUUCUCGGGCACGUCGAAGAAUCAGACGAUUUCAGAAAACUGCAAGAGCAGAUGGACGUUAAGUUUAAGAAGCAGUUCCCGACCAGAAAAGAAUUGGAGAUAGUGUCUUCCACGAGGAUCUGGAAGCGACAAGACAAGGCUGCCAGAUUGAUUCAACAGUCCAUAAAAGAGUUUGUCGCGAGGAAGAGGGAACGCGAGAGGAUCGCCCAGGAAGUGGACUCGCAGACGCAGACCUCGAGUCCGGGUGGCACGGAUGGUAGGGGCGGGGGUGGAUGGGGCGGUAAGCUGUCGGCUCUGCUGCAUGUACACCGUGGUAGUCGGGCGAGUAGCCGCAAGUCCUCCAGGGCCAGCGACGCCAGUGACCUCAGCGAACUCGGCACCGCCUCGGCGUGGCUAUUCCCAAAUCUACCUCUGCUGUUGCUCUCCGGCGCCACAGGAACCCACGAGGACUUGCAACCCCCGGCACUGACCGUGUCCCGUCCCUCGCCAACCGCCGAACAACCUUCCGCCGCCUCCAGCUCUGGUUCGGACUCCCACGCUACUGUCAGAUCGCUGGGCCCUACGCUGGGCCGACAGGAUGCAGUGGAGAAGUAUCCUGAGGAGGACGUGGUCAGCCCGCCGAUCUCGAAGCGCGGCUCUCUACGUCCGAGCGGCACUACGCUCUCGUUAAACACGCUGCAGCGCGACAUCAAAGAGGCAAUCAAUCGACGCUGCGGCAGUUUAAGACGGCGGGUACCGCCACCGGAACCGGUGCAACUACCAGAGGGUAGUGACGUCAGUAUCCUGGUGACGGAACCUAGUCCAGAGAACACGGCGCCACCCACGGCGCGGCCACCACUGCUCAGGCAGCAGUCGGAGGCGACGGUGGUGCACGUAUUAGUCCACCGAGAGAGCGAGGAGUACCGAGACACGCCGGAUGACAGCUGAUCCUAGUCCUGAGUGCGUCCCAGUGGUCGAUGCCCUCUAACGAUGUCGGAUCACGAGAAGUCGCGCGGCGACAGCGAUACGACUCAUUGUCAGUGAUAAUACAUACGUAGACAUAUAAUACAUGUAGACUUUUCACAGCGCAGAUCUAAUUAGGUAGAAUAAUAGCUUCUUCGAAGCGAAUCUCCUCAAAACGAAAUGCGACGUGCGCUGUGCGUGCGUCUGUAUGUGUGCGUGCACUUAUCGUCGAAAUGUCAAAUGAGACUUCGUAGCGAUGGUUCUCGGCCAAUUAGAAAAGAGAUUGAAAAAAAAAUGACAAAUUCUUCAUUGAAUCUUAGAAACGUGAGAUUAUUUUGUUGAAUCCACAAUGUUUUCGAUUAAAAAUGUGAUUAAAAUUAAUGAGUAGCAUCCAAAAUUAUUGAGGAAAUGCUUUCUAAAUUAUAUGAUCUCUGGAUGUGUCCAUAUAAUUCUCACUAACAACAAAAAUUAAACAAGAUAUGCAAAAUGCGAUUUUUGUAACAAUCUCGCGCAAUCUUGUUACAUGCGAUAUUUAUGUAUAUACAGCAUGAGAAAUGAAUAACAUAACAUCUUAUUAUUAAAGAAAGAAAAUUCAAAAGCUCUACAAUAUGAAAUGCAAAUAAAUAAUAAUAGAAAGGCCAAUUAGAGGCAAUUAUUAUUCUAUUAUUAUUUGCAUUUCAUUUCGAACAAAAAUAAAGCUUCUAUUAUUUCAAAGCUUACGCUUGACAAAAUUGUGAAAAAAUCCACUGUGCAAUUUUUUUCAAUGUUUUCCUAAUUGAGGAACAUAAUACUUAAGAUUAAAAUUUUUUCAAGAGCAAGGUUGAGAGCCAUUGCAUCAAGAGAUGAAGAAAGGGACAAGGAUGAGGAAAUUAAAAGAGAAUUUUCGACAGCUUUUUCAUUACAAUCGCAGAUAGAAUGCAUCGUCGGAGAAACUUGAACAUUAUUAUAACGCUUUUUGACAAAAAAUAUAUGCACCACAAUGCUGGGUUUCCCGUAACAAUGAGCGAAUUACCAGCGUAGCGAAAGUACCAGAUGUAGCCGUUUUCGAAACGAGAAUAUAAUUUAUCAAGAUACAGUUCUCGAAGUAGAUUAAUAUCUAAUUCGUUAAGACGCGAAUUUUCAAAAGUCAAAUAAAUAGACUAUGAAUAAUUUUGUAUGUUUUUUAAAAGUAAA